CUUUCAUCCAUCAGCUGUCAGUUGUUUCGUUUUUCAAGGCAUCUUUCAAGUUGGGUGCAGUUUUUCUCGGAGAAAAUCACGAAAAUAGACCAUGCCGGAAGCACCAGCACGCAAUCCUUUGGAGAGCUUUACCAACGCCGUUGGUUCUCUGAUCGAUGGUCCGGUUACUUGGUUCCGAGAAUCCGUCGUCGAACCGAACCGCAAAACCUACCCAUGGUACCACCAGAAAUUCCACCGUGUGCCCUCGAUCGAUCAGUGCCACACCGACGAUGCGGUGUGUUUCUUCGAAGCCAACAACCAGUUCAAGCGGGACAAGAUGGUUGACAACGAGAUCCUGAAUAUCAUUCGCCAGCGUUUUGAGGAUUGUGUCAUGUAUGAGCAACCGGAUCAUGAGCGCAAGUGCAAACCGUUCUUGGAACGUUACGAGAAAGCUGCCGAAAACUGGUUCAUCAAGUAUGGUGAUCUUGGAGGUUAUGCCAACGCCAAGACCGCCUACAUGAAGCAGAAGCACCGUAUGGUGUGGGAAAGACGCCACGGUCCAGUCGGCUCGGGAAUGAAGCAAUCGGAUGAUGCUGACACAGAACACUAAUUAACUUUUGGUCAGCUGCUACUAAAGAGCCGCAUCGAAGUAGUUGGAAAUUUGGUUAUUUCUUAUGAAAUUGUGUAAAUAUAAGAACAACUAAA